CACAGUCUCUCACACUCUCUCUGUACACACACAGUGUGUGGCACGCUGGGACUCCGGUGACGUCAUGCGGAUCUGUACAGAUCUCCCUGAGAAAACCCAAUAGCACCAGAAGUGUCUCCCCAGAACGGCGCUGUGCAAGGGCGGCUCAUCUACACAGCGCUUAGCCACUGGGGAUCUAACAUUGGACUCUGCAAGCCCAGACAGGGACGCGGCGCUUUACUGAGAUAUUAUAAUGGAACUAAGUCUUUCUAAGAAUUCCCCUUCCUAUGUAGAAUUAGGAGGUAUGAAUUUGGAAAGAUUGCCUGAGAGCUUAAGACCCCAACCUUCUCACGACAUGGCUUCCAGUUUCCAUUUGCAAAGAACAUCUGAAUCCAGAGAUCCUAUUGAGAAUUCAGCUAGUGAAUCGUCUGAUACUGAAGUUCCAGAAAAGGAUAGAAGUUUGGAACCAAAAAGUGAGGACGGGACCAUAGAAGAUCCUUCCAAGAAAAAGAAGCAGAGGAGACAAAGAACUCACUUCACCAGCCAACAACUGCAGGAGCUGGAGGCCACCUUUCAGAGAAACCGCUAUCCAGAUAUGAGCAUGAGAGAGGAGAUAGCUGUAUGGACCAAUUUAACAGAGGCCAGAGUCAGGGUCUGGUUCAAAAACCGCAGAGCCAAGUGGAGGAAGAGGGAACGCAACCAACAAAUGGACUUGUGCAAGAAUGGCUAUGUUCCUCAGUUCAGUGGCCUCAUGCAACCCUAUGAUGACAUGUACGCUGGCUAUCCAUAUAACAACUGGGCUACAAAAAGUCUGACUCCUGCACCAUUAUCUACAAAGAGCUUCACCUUCUUCAACUCCAUGAGUCCAUUGUCUUCUCAGUCUAUGUUUUCUGGGCCAAGUUCCAUCUCUUCAAUGAGUAUGCCAUCAGGCAUGGGUCAUUCUGCAGUCCCUGGCAUGCCAAACUCAAGUCUAAAUAACAUCAACAAUCUUAAUAACAUCAGUGGGUCUUCCCUCAAUUCAGCGAUGUCUUCAACUGCUUGUCCAUAUGGACCUCCUGGAUCUCCUUACACCGUUUAUAGGGACACAUGUAAUUCCAGCUUGGCUAGUCUCAGACUUAAAUCCAAGCAGCAUUCAACUUUUGGAUAUAGCAGUUUACAGAGCCCAGGGUCUAGUUUGAAUGCAUGCCAAUAUAACAGUUGAUAAACUGGAUUGCAGAGAAAUGUGCCCUGUGGACUUUGCUUUCCGAAUGGACCAGAAAAAGAAAAUGUUUUGCAAGAGACACCAAACAAAUCAAAUAACAUGGAUGAGUUGCAAUUUCUCUCUGGAUUUAUGCGGGUUGUAUGUACUUGAACUUGCACAGGAGUAACCAAUAUCCACUAAGGUGGAAGUAAAGUUUUUUUUUUUUUUUUUACAUACAUUUUGGUGGUAAUCAAAAGGAUAAAAAAAAAAGUAAUUGGGGCUGUUUUGUGGUGGGACUCUGAGAUUGGUUAUCUUGCUAAUCACUCAACCACCAGGAACAAAAUAUAAAGACAAGACAAGAAACUAAAACCAAUACAAACAGGAAUUUGCAGAGUAAGAAUCUAAGGGGAGAGAAGGGAGAGAAUAAAAAAGAA